AGACGAUUUAGGACUAAGACGUUUUAUUUUGAAAGGUCAAACCGGAACCUGACAGGCUGCGUUUCCGGACUGAUAGGUAGCAGCGGCGGAGGAGCGCAACCUGCUGACAGUAGGACGGAAACGGAGCGAACCGAUCCGCUGCUGGACGCUCAGGGUUUCAUCAUGGCUUCAUGGAUGUUAGAGAUGAUGGUCAUGGUGCUGUCUACGUUCAUCAGCAUCAGCCAUGGCAAGAGAGACAAAGUGCUCUACUGCUCCGCAUGCAAGGCGAUUGUGGAUGAGCUGAACUACUCCAUUAGUCAGGUGGACCCAAAGAUGACCAUAAAUAUAGGGAGCUUUAGGCUCAACCCUGAUGGGACCAUGACAGAUAAAAAGGUCCCACUAGCUCGCUCUGAGACCCACCUCAGCGAGCUGCUGGACCAGGUGUGUGAGAGCAUGAGCGACUACGCCCUGCAUGUGGACCCCGACACGCAGCUCCGGCAGUACAGGCGGUUCGCUCCCAGAAGCUCCGGGUCCAACCAAGACUUCCCAGACUUCAAGAACUUCCAGUUCGAUGGACCAGAGGCCUCCAGUAACCUGAAGUUUGCAUGUGAAACGCUGGUGGAGGAGCUGGAGGACGACAUCAUCUCUCUGUUCAGUCGGGAGGAAGAAAACCUUCAGGCGGAGUUAUGCAGCAGAGCGUCAGAUUACUGUGAAGACAGUCGACCAGAUGAUGAGCUGUAAUGGCCGACAUUCGCCUCCACCUCCAUAGGAGCAGUUUUCCUUGGAAUCAGCCCCCCCCCC